CGAUUCUCAGCACAGAGGCACGACUCCUUCCCUUCCACAGAAGAUUGAAUUCCCAAACAUGUCACUCUUCCUUUCCAAUUCACUUUGCCUCUCUUUCUGAUUCAUUAGCCUUAAUUCGGUUUCCACCUCCAAAAUCACCAUUGUUACUCACUCAACAACCACCAUGGAAGUUUGUCUUUUGAAAUCAACAACCUCUUCAAACUUCUGGUGGACAAGCAUAUCGUUGCGCCUGUGCUGCUGAUCGAACAGGUAGCUGCCAAGGAGUAAUUGCGUUAAAUAUGGAGGAUGCAUGGGACUUUGCAUCGGAUCCGUGCUGCAUCAACAAUUCAAGCCACAGGGGGCUAUGGUAGGACAUACUUUUCUGUAACCUCAGCUCAUACAUGCACUGGUGAUGGGAAUGCCAUGGUUGCACGUGCUGGGCUCCUUUUUCAGGAUCUUGAGUUUGUGCAAUUCCACCCAACAGGUACAUAUGGUGCUGGGUGCCUCAUCGCUGAAGGAUCUCGUGGUGAAGGUGGUAUUCUGAGGAACAGUGAAGGUGAGCGAUUUAUGGAACGGUAUGCCCCUACUGCCAAGGAUCUUGCAUCUAGAGAUGUUGUUUCCAGAUCUAUGACUAUGGAAAUCCGUGAAGGUCGUGGUGUAGGACCCCAUAAGGACCACAUUUAUCUCCACUUAAAUCACUUACCUCCAGAAGUCCUCAAGGAGAGCCUUCCUGGUAUCUCUGAAACUGCUGUGUGGAUGUUACAAAGGAACCAAUCCCUAUUGUGCCUACUGUUCAUUAUAAUAUGGGUACAAACUACCAUGGAGAGGAAUAAUUAAGAACAUUGAUUAUAGCAAGAUACUGAAGUUCAAUCAUGGGAAUAGCUUAUGUUUUCUAUAGAAAGUUAUUCAGUGACAAAUACGAUGAGGAGUCUUUGGGCGGAACUACUGUGGCUCAAAUCUUUAAGAAGUUUGGUGAGAGUUUCAAUUAACAUUGGAUUUAUGUUAAAAGUGCCUCAUCAUGUGAUUUGUGAUUUAGUCUAGGCAUAGUAAUCUUGUAACCUUUCUUGUCUAGCUGCUGGUUGAGAGAUUGUUUUCCUUUAAGAUUUUGGCCAUGCAUUUAAGAUUUUCAUUUUAAAUUUAUUGAUUCUAUUUGUAUGUCAUAGCUGUAUGGUAAUCCAAACAUUUAUACUAAUAACAAUCAAAGUGGGUUAUUCUUUUUCUAUUGAUGCAGGAGAUGAAGAAUCAGUGUGAUGAGAAAAGGUCAGAAAUUUCUUGGAGAGAUGCAAAAUAUGGUCAAAGAAUUCAAGA